AAAUAAUUCAGUCCGUACGAAAAUCAAUUAUGGCUGAUUUACAAAUUAGACAGAUAUGUGAACGCCUCACAAAAGGCGAUUUGGAAUGUUUACCCAAGCCAGAAUCAUCAAUAUUUAGAAUAUUCUUAAGCUCAACCUUUACGGAUAUGACAAUAGAGCGAAAUGAACUCAUGCAGAAAUCCUUUCCUGUCUUGAAAAAUUAUUGCAGAAAACUAGGGUAUGACUUCCAGGUUGCAGACAUGAGGUGGGGAGUGAGAGAUGAUGCCCAGGAUGAUCAUCAGACAACUGCACUUUGCCUCAAGGAAAUCAAAAACUGCCAGAAAAUCUCAAAAGGAAUAAAUUUUGUGGCAUUCCUAGGCAACAGAUAUGGUACAAGGCCCAUGCCCAAUGAGAUUCCUGCUGGAGAGUUUAAUACACUGACAACUGCUUGCUUCAAGCUACAAUUAGACGUUUCCUUACUUCAUGAAUGGUACAAACUUGAUGAAAAUGCAGUGCCAUCUGUAUAUCUCCUCCAAACCAUAUCAUCAAAGCUCCAGUAUUAUAAUGAUGAUGAUCCAAAUAAUUCUGAACUAAAGCAAAAGGAUCGGGCAGAAUGGGCUGAUAUUAAUGAUCGGCUGACAAGAACAUUGAGAGCUGCAGCCAAUAAAGCUUACAAGGAAAAGAACCUUGAUCCAGAACUGGGCCAGAAAUAUUUCAUUUCAGUAACUGAACAGGAGAUUGUGAGUGGCCUCCUUGAAGCAGAAGAUGUCAAUACCAAUGUUCUGUGCUACAUCAGAGAGUUUGACAACAUUAACAUCAAUCAUACAAAAGCAGUGCGCUUCGUAGAUUUAACAGAAGAAUGGGAACCUGAUGGUGAGGCUCAAUACUUCCUUGCAGAACUCAAAGACACAAAAAUACCAGAUAUUUUAUCAAAUAAGAACAUAACCACAAAUCUAGUUGACUGGCAGCCUAUUGGGAUUGAUGAGAAUCACGAGAAACAUGUUAAAUAUUUGGAAAAAUUGACCAAUAGUUUUACAGAACACACAAAACGACUUAUUGAUGGGAAGUUGUCUGAAGGGACAAUGUUUAAAGUUGACAAUCGACUGUAUACUGAAAUUCUACAUCAUUUACAUUUCUGCAGUGAUAAGAUCCAAAUAUUCUGUGGGAGGGAAGAAAUACUGAACGAAAUAAAGGCCUGUUUAUCAAAGACAUAUGAAAACAAACAGCUAGAUGAAACAAAGAAUGAAACAAAGGAUGAAAAGAAGGCCCUGAUAUAUAAUGAAACUCCAGAGCUGGAAGAAGACAAUGAAUCUGAUGAAGACAAUGACUCUGAAGAAGAUGAUGAAGCUGAAAAAGAGCAAGCAACUGAAGAUAAAUCCCAUGAAGUUCCCCCAGAAGAGAGAGAUUUCUACAAACAGCGCAAUAUAGGAGUGUCCAUGCAGUUAGAAGAAAAUGCUGAAUUACAGUUCAAUGCUCAGCAAGGCGCAGCCUUUAUGUCUGCUAUGGAGAAUCUACCUCCUCUAACAGAAUACAACAAACCCAUUGUAAUACAUGGACAAUCUGGGAGUGGAAAAACUGCCCUGGUUGCCAAGGUCCACCAGCUUAUUCCUAAGUGGUUAGGAUCCAACUGUGUACGUGUAAUCAGGUUCUUAGGAACAUCAGCUGAAUGUACUAACAUCAAAGAAACACUCUUGAGUAUCAUUGCCCAGAUUAUAAAGGCAUAUGACUUAGAUGAUAGUAACACUAAGAGUCUUGUUGAAUCAGUUGACAGCAUCUCAGAGAUUAGCCAAAUCUUCAAUUGGAUCAUGAGGAAGAUCAGCCCAGAUAAGCCUCUGGUGAUCAUUUUGGAUUCCCUUGAUCAGCUAUCCUCACAGGGUCUGCCACAUCAUCUUCACUGGCUACCACCCCUCUUUCCCACUCAUGUACAUAUCAUUCUAUCCUGUUUUCCUGAUAACAGCAAAUACAAUUUCCUCGCAAGUGCAAAGAAGUUCAUUGAAGACCCCAAUCGUUUCAUUGAGAUUCCAGCACUUGAAUAUGAUACUGCUAGUGAGAUUCUAGACAUGUGGCUGAAGGAUACAAGUCGUACCAUUACUGCUGAACAAAAUGAGUUCAUAUUGGAGAUCUACAAGAAGCAUCAGCAGCCACUCUUUCUGAAGUUAUUAUUCCACAAGGCAGCCUUAUGGAAGUCAUAUACCAGAGUGUAUGAAGUGAGAUUGGGACACAAUGUCAGACAGGCCAUUGAUGAACUAUUUGAAGAUCUUGAGAAAAAACAUGGAACAAUUCUUGUACAGAAAGCCUUGGGCUAUUUGACUGCAUCCAAGUCUGGAUUAAGUGAGACAGAAAUGGAGGAUGUUCUCUCACUGAGUGAUGAAGUGCUCCAGGAUACAUACCUUUAUCACCUACCUCCCAAUGAAAAACUCAUCCAUCUUCCUCCUUUGCUAUGGACCCGUAUUGUCAAUGAUAUCGGACAGUACUUUGUGACAAGGAAAUCAGAUGAUGAAACUGUGAAUGUGUGGUACCAUAGACAGUUCCAUGAGGCAGCACGAGAGAGGUACUUGCGCACCUCUCUGGACAGUAAAAACACACUACAUGUGGAACUGGCAGAUUAUUUCAAGGGUACCUGGGGAGAACAAGUGAAACCACUUGAGCUGUAUAAAGUAAAGAAAGGAGUAUAUCCGGAUGCAGAUAGAAAGGUCUCAAGCCAACCAUUGCAAUACUCUACUGAGGGUGUGGGUUUAUUCAAUAAGCGCAAGAUGAGUGAGCUUCCAUACCAUUUAGUCCACAGCAAACAACUUAGGUAUAUUGUGGAGGAGAUUGUGUGCAAUUUUGACUGGCUAUACUGCAGAUGUGUUGCCUCUGGUAUAGGAGAAAUACUCAAUGAUAUCAAAUACAUCCUGAGUGUGAUAGAAGAGGAGGGUUUAGGAGUAGAGUAUACAGAGGAGACCAAUGAUAUAGAGUUUAUACACAGCCUUCUUCUACUCUCUAAGGACGUCUGUAAGAGAAACGUCAAGAUGCUGGCUGUUCAGAUAAUUGGAAGACUUGGUACAAGUCAUCAUAAGAAUUACUCCAAGGAUAUCAAAUCACUUAUAGAGGGGGCUAAAACUUGGUUGGCUUCAGUGGAGACACCUAUGUUGGUUCCCAGUGACAAAUGCAUGUUCUCACCAGGAAUGUUGGUUACAAUGUUCAACAUGGUCUUCACACACCCUGGAGAUCCCACUCCGAAGAAUGUAUUUUUCUUCAACAAGAGCUCCACAAGGUUGAUCAGUUGUGAAUUCAUCCGGAACAGAGGUAGCCUUAUACACAACCAAGACCUCAGCAAUUAUGGUGCAACAAUCACCUCAGAUCACAUUAAGAGUCCUGUCCGGGCACUCAAAUUCAUGGCCAAUGAGAGAUAUGUGCACCAUGAGAUAUGGGAUGUGAAAGACAAGUACGACCCUAAGACACAUGACAUGUUGUUGGAUACCACAACGCAAAGUUGGCUCUCCUUGCCAACUAGGAGAGGGGUCGUCUCAGAGGGUGGCAGGUUUAUCGCUUUCUAUGGAGGUUCCAAAGCAGAUCCCUCAAAAGAUGGCUAUGUGUGCAUAUUGGAUACAAUGAGAGUUGCUUUCUCACUAAAAGAUCAGGGAAAAACUCUUCUAGUGCUCUUCUCUGCUGAUGAGAAAUAUCUGGUUGCAAGGACUAAGGAUGUAAUCCAUAUAUGGAGCUUGGAGAGGCAAAUACGCCUACACACAAUAGGCAAAGAUUCAGGAGAAUAUUCAUUUUACGGGGACCCAGAUUUUUCUGGUGUGACAUUUCUGUUAGCAGACUAUACACUAGUUUUCCCCAAGAUGGGCUAUUCUAAUGAAGGCACACUGACUGCAUACAAUAUUGAAACAGGGAAGAAUUUAUUUGAAACUGAGUCUGAAGGGGACAAAGAUGGUCACUAUGGGAUCAACAUAAUUUGCUUUGAUUCAGUUUACAAGCGAGUGGCAACAGCAUCUUCAAGUGGUGGGAUUGUCAAUGGAAUCCGUGACAAGCCAGUAAGUGUGUGGAAUAUGCAGAAUGGAAAGCUGAUGUCCCUUGUCAAACAAAACAAAUGGCAUCACAAUACAAUAGUCAUAGCGGGUACAAAUGACCAGUUUCUUUUGUCAACUCCUAACCCAAAAGGCCAUAUCCUCAUCCAUUAUAUAGGAACAUUCAAUAAACCUUGUUCUAAUGGGGUUUUGGUCUAUACCUUAACGUACCAUUCCGAGGUUGUGUUUCAAAUUGGUUUGACUGCAGACAGCACCAAUAUGGUAACUGCUGGCCGUGACAAUGUUUUAAGGCUAUGGAACUGGGGGAAUAUUGAAAUGGAAUGUAACUCACGUGUAGAAGAACUGGGUGAGAGGAUUACUGAAGUAGAGGCUUAUCCUGAAGACACUAUGUGUGAAGCUGCAGCCGUUGUCCUCUCCAGUCAAUACAGAUUAGCUAUUAUAGCAUUGAGAGAUGGCACUAUCCUCUUCCACGAUGUAGACAGCAAUGAGAUGGAGAACUCCAUUAAGUUAGACUUGGAGUCAGUGUCCCACAUGAUUCUAGCAGAUGAUGGCCAAAGACUGGUGGUGACGGGUUCAUACUCCAAGAAAGCAAUGGUCGUCAAUAUUAACACUAGAGAGGUAGAUCAUGUCUUGAUUAGUCCCAAGAAAGGCUCUGGAGAGGGAGGCAAUUCAAUCUCCUGUGUAGCAGAACAUAAUGGUGUAUGUGUAAUAGGCCAGGGGGGCAUGGCAUGCUAUGGUGUUGUAUGGGAUAUCAACACAGGGAGACACAUCUCCACAAUGGAAGGACUGUAUGGGUUUGGCAAUGUGACAAUCACACAAGAUGCAACCAAGGUGAUCACAACUUUCUUCGAGUUUCCUAUGGUGUUUAAUGUUUCUACAGGGGAAACAGAGUCAGACAUGGAUGAUACAGACGUCAUGAUGUCUGGGGCCUCUUGCGUAGUCCUCAGCCCUGGGGAUAGAUACUGUGCUGUUGGGAGUUCUGAUGGAUCAGUGCGAGUGAUGGACAUAGCCACACGCAAGUACAAGUUUAAAAUGCAGCACAAAUCCUCAGUGAAAGUAUGCGAAUUCACAAAUGAUAACCAGGCUCUUGUAACAGCUGCAUUCUGCCAUCUAUUGGUCUGGAAUCUAAAUAAUGGCCAACUCAUGCGUAUGCUAACAUGUCACACAGCAUUCAUUAAUGACAUGAUCUCAACUCUUGGUGGCCGUUGCCUCGUAACAUCAGGCGAGGAUCAUCGAAUUGUCAUCUGGAACAAGAAAGAACAGAAAUCCAUCACUAUAUUUGAAGGACAAAGUAGGAUAGAUCUGAUUGCCGUGAGCAAGGAUAUGUCAUAUAUUGCCUUUGUGCCAAAUAAUAUCAGUCACAUGUGCCUGCUGAAGCCUAAUAAGGCGUUGGGAGAGGCCAUGGGGGGUCAGCAUGAAUAUAAGGUACCAAAGAGUUUGAUACAAGCCCAAGCAUAUGCCAUGGCUUUCUCAGGCUUGAGAGUGCAAAAGAAAACAAGCCAGGCGUGUUGUAUUAUUUAGGACUGUGUGCAACAAAAGUAUUCUAGAUGUUCUGUUCUCUUUUAAGCCUUGCCUAACAGGCAUUUAAUCCUCAUUGCUUUCAGAAAAAAAUAUAUAUAUAAUAGUGAAUUCUGCUGGUGCUGCCAUCUUUAUAUCAGCCCAAAACCUUUUGUGUCCUCAAAACUGACGCAAAUAAUGACAAGCAAAAUUUUACUUAUAACAAAUUAAUAUUCCUAUUAUGGGAUCAAGGGACAUAACCAUGUAACCCAUAGCUAGUUCUCUUUCAUUUUAGUUAUGUAAGAAGCAGAUAUUUUAUCUGAAAUUGUGAUUCCUGAUCACCUUACUCAAACCCAGGCUUUGCAGUAGAUGUAUCUAUUUACCCGAUUAUCCAGUGACUCGAUAUACGGAUAAUAAGGUCCAAAUAAUUAAAUACUUGUGAAUAGGUGAUACUAUGCCUACAUUCCCAGGAUGAUUGGCUCAUUAUAUGGGAAGCAAGGCAACAUGAUUAACAUUGCAUUGUAAAUUAAAUCCUCCAUCUGAAUGGAAUGACAAUGCCAUUGUAUUAGGGUCAGUUGAAGAGUAAUCUACUUACAUAGGCCAAAAUAACUAACUCUCAUUAACUCAUGGUAACCGCAGGAAAAAUACAUCAGUUGCUGUGACAUGAAAUAUUCUUAAUUUUUGCCCAAACGAUAGUGCUUUCAAAAUUUGGCUCAUGUAUCUCUAAGUAUAUGACAGUAUGAAUAGCUCAGUGAG